AUGUGCAGUGCCGACGCGGCCGUUCGACCAAUACCAGGGCUCGUCAGGUCUGCUGAGAUACGAGACAGUCUUAGUGGUGGUCGAGUGAAUGGAUGUGACAACGAUCAUUUGAACAACCAGUCAAAUCGAGAGUUGGAAACAGACGGAUUAUUCCACUCCAACUCUCCAAACUCUGGAACAGACACGAAAACCUUGCUUCAAAAUAUUCUUCAACAAGGUCCUCAACAGCUUCAAUUCGCCUUGUACUACAACCACCAGUCUCUCGUUUUAUGUAACAAUACUCCAGGUUCCCUACCACCAAGUCCAUCUGAUAGUGGAGUUUCAGACGUCGAUAGUAGUAGCGGUCAUGUUAGUACAGACGAAGCCAAAACUAUCUUACAGCCGGCCUCAGUCUCUCCAAGAACAUCAAAAUCACCUUCCUCUGGAAGUACACAAUACUAUAAAUCCUCCUGCCAGGUGGCGCUGCAACCUUAUCAGUCACCGUACAAGUAUUCCCAAUCAGAAUAUCCGGGGAUCGUUUCUCGUCACUACUCAGAACCCCACUAUAAACCACCACCUCCAACUCACAGCUAUCUUGAUUCAGUUUCCCAGCAGAAUCCCCCCAGUCCCGGCGCCCACUCCCCUCAGUAUCUGAGGCAGCGUUUAGGACCUCCAUCCCCACAGUCACCUUCUCAUGGCCACGUUAGUAGCACGAGCCACCUACACUCCCUUUGCACUUCGGAAUCUUUAAACACACCUCCCUCUUCUUCCUCCUACUCCUCUGGACUUCAGUCGUCUCCGGGAAGACAAUUAGCCAUUCCAACUUCCGUUAUUACCGCAGCUAACAGCAGUGUUUCCUUGGACUCGUCUUGUCUGGGCGAUGACUUGGACUCGUCUUGUUACGUAGAGGAUCUGUCUUUCCAGCCGAAACCCAAGAAAAAAGUACGGAGAUCGAAAAAUCCAGAUGGCAGCACAACAUCUUGUACGAAGCGGAAAAGUCGGGAAGGUUCAACCACCUACCUAUGGGAAUUUCUACUAAAGUUACUUCAAGACAGAAACUACUGCCCCCGCUACAUUAAAUGGGCAAACAGAGAAAAGGGGGUUUUCAAACUCGUCGAUUCCAAGGCAGUUUCAAGGCUCUGGGGACUUCACAAAAACAAACCUGACAUGAAUUAUGAAACAAUGGGCCGAGCUUUGAGGAUGAACAUAUCGAACCAGAAAAUGAUAAAUGAAGACACAGCAGACAAUGACGUGGAACUGACUGGACGACUACCCCAUUAUGAACUGGUUCAGCGUUGUAAGAACGAACUGAUCAAUUUUCCACUUCCAAUUACUCGUUCAUUCCACCACGUGAACAAACACUUUAAAGAUACAGUACCAUCCCGUGGCCCUCAAGUCUUUCGACUGAUGUCCUGGAAUAUCCUCUCCCAAGCUAUAGGAGAAAGGAUUGAUAAUUUUGUGGCUUGCCCACUGGAAGCUCUAGACUGGAAGACUCGUCGGUGGAGGAUUCUGGAAGAGAUUCUAUUUUAUCAACCUGAUAUAAUCUGUCUACAAGAAGUGGACCAUUUUAAAUUUCUAAAGAAGUCUUUGGGAACAUUGGACUUUUCAGGCGUAUUCUUUCCUAAACCAGAUUCUCUGUGUUAUUACAUUAAGGAUAACAACGGACCUGAUGGAUGUGCUAUUUUUUACGACACCACAAAAUUUCGGUUAAUCAAAACAGUCACUAGGGUUCUGGAAGUUCUAAACCACAAGACAAACCAAGUUGCAAUCCUCUGCAUCUUCAGACGCAAACUGGACAAUCGCGAAAUGUGCGUGGUCACCACUCAUUUAAGGGCUCGGCAAGGCCACGCCUUAGCGGAGUUCCGAAACAAACAAGGGAAAGACCUUUUACGAUUUAUACAGGAAAAUUAUAGUAAAAAACCUUUGCUUCUUGCUGGAGAUUUCAACGCAGAACCAACCGAGCCCGUAUACAAGACUUUACUGUCCUGUCCAGCCCCCAAACUAAAGAGUUCUUACACAUAUUUAAGUGAGUCUCGAGAGGAACCAUUGUUCACAACAUGGAAGAUACGAGAAGAAAAAGAAUCUUGCCACACUUUGGACUAUAUCUUCUUCACACAACGAGACUUCAGGUUAGAACAACUUCUGAAACUGCCAUCAGGGGAACAAAUUGGAGCAAAGCGAGUCCCUUCUUUGCGCUACCCUUCCGACCAUUUUUCGCUUGUAUGCGACUUUAUAUUUAACUAGUUUCCCACAGUUUAGAGUUCCUGCGUAGAAGAGUGAAGAAAAAAACACUGCCCUAUUUUUUUUUUUUUUACCUUGGUGACAUCGAGUGUGGCAAACACGUGUUAAGAAUGAAGUAGAAACGUAGUAGCGUUUUCCUUGACCCACCAAUGUAAGUUUGCCUCCAACGCCCCUGUUUAUACACAAAUAAAACUUAAUUAUGUAUAAGACUGUACUAGCAGUUGCGCACAAUCUAGAAUUCAUAAUUAGCAAUCACAUUUAUAAUUAUUUAAGACGGUGAUUGGCAUAGAUAAUCUGAACAGUGUUCAUUAACACGUAACUAGAUGUAAUUCAACCGGAAUGACAUCUAAUUCAACCAGUAUAAAUGUUUAUUUCAACUAACGAAUGGCUUCUUCAGAACACUUGAACAGUAAUACAAAUGUUUUUCCAAGAAAAAUUACAUUUUUGUAAAUAUAUCAUUCUUGAGGUUGAAUGUUUUAGGUUUAACAACUCUUAUUCGUGUAUAUCCUUCUCCUAAUAAUGAGAGAUAAAAGUUUGAACAUCAAGUUACUUUAUGUAUGUAAAUAAAGAUUAAAUCGAAAAAAAUUUACAGUUCAAAGAGCUUCGUAUUUAUGUACCGUUUUUGUCUUACUUCUAUAAAGCAGAUAUUACAAUUCGUUAUUGGUUUGAUUUAUCUUAAAUUUCGC